UCAUCAUCUUCGGUCUGUGGAGCCCUUGAAAGAGAAAAAAGAAAGCCAUCAAUAAAAACAGAAAACUCAAUAAAUUUCCACAGUUUCCACAUAAAAAAUAUGUUUAAAACUUGAUAAAAAUAGAAACAAAACAAGCAAUGGUCUUGAUUAACUCGUUCGGGAAGUGUAACUUAACGCGGGCAGUAUUACAACGUUAUCAAGUGCAGUUUUCUUUGACUACCAAGUGAAAAAGUGAGGUGAUUGAAGAAGCAGAAGAAAAAAACAGAUUUUUUUAUUGCAUGAACAAAUAUCCAACAACAUCAGGCAAUAGUGGCAACAACAAAUCGCGACGACGAACGUAUGUAACAAAACAAUUGUUGUUGUUGGUGCUUGCUCAGUCAGUGUGUGUGUUUUUUUGUGUGAUGUGAAUGGAAAAAGGUGCAGGAGAACAAACAACAUAAGAAACAUUAAGACGACAACCAGAAUUAUACCAUCAACCAUCUUCAGCAGCAGCAGCCGCCGCAUCAUUCGUUACGAUAGCCACGGCACCCGACAACGACGAGACGACGACAGAGGGAAAAGCUAAGUAGGGCUUAAACGCUUUCACAAAAAUGUGUUGUGUGAACAACACAACACUGAAACUGGACGACACGGAAGAAGAAGACCGAGCAAAAUAUUAUAGAACCCGCCGUCACAGCAAUAGUUCCGCAAGAGCACAGCAAUGUUGUUAUGUACUUCAUACAGACGAACAACAAGAAGAACAACUGCACCAGCAACAGCAGCAGACACAACAAGAUCAACAACAACAACAUCUACUACACCAGCAACAGUAUAUUCCAGCCUCAACGGCCCGUUCAUUUAAUAGCAAAUAUCGGCGAAAAUAUCUAUUGCUGCUGAUAUUUGUCCUAUUCCACAUAUGCUCCAGCAGUUUGGCCCGUGUGACAGCCUACAAUUGUACGGCAGCCGGUGGUUGUCAAAAUAAUGGUAGCUGUAGAGAUGGCCAAUGUAUCUGUGCCGAUGGUUGGCAAGGUCCAGAAUGCCAAUUUUGUGGUGGUAAAGUAAGACUACAUCAUCCCAGUGGUGUCAUACACGAUGGUUGGGGCAAUUAUUCCGUCAGCGUUAAAUGCAGUUGGCUCAUCGAUGCCAGACCCCAGCAGCAGCAACAGCUGCUGCAACAGCAUUCAAAUCAUACACAUGGCAAACAAACACCGCCGCCCACCAUACGUAUGCAUUUGCGAGAAUUUGCAACGGAAUGUGGCUGGGACCAUUUGUAUAUAUACGAUGGCGAUAGUGUUGAUUCGUCGCUGUUGGCAGUUUUUAGCGGCCUCAUGUACCGAGGCAAUUUUUCCAUACGUAGUGUACCGCAAGUUAUAGCACGUUCUGGUGCAGCAUUAUUGCAUUUCUUUAGCGAUGAUGCGUAUAAUAUGUCUGGCUUUAAUCUAUCAUAUCGCAUGAAUGCCUGUCCCAGCGACUCGGAAGAUGUGGAGUGUUCGGGUCAUGGCAUGUGUCGCAAUGGUUUUUGUAUAUGUGAUCAAUUGUAUAGCGGUGAUGCGUGUAACAUAGCCGCCUGUCCGAAUAAUUGUUACGAGAAGGAGGGUCACGGGGUUUGUAAUAUAGAGAAGGAGAGAUGCAUUUGCAAGAAGGAGUAUGGCGGCAAUGAUUGCAGCCAACUGCGGGCCCAUGGCAUUUGGUCCAGUGUCAAUGCCCAGCUUCCACCCAAUGGUACAGCCUCUCAUGCCGCUGCCGUUUGGCAUGACACAAUGUACAUAAUAUCGGGAGAAUCAUAUGGCCGUGGUCGCCUAAUGACAUCGUACGAUUUCAAUGGCGACAUUUGGGAAGCAGUCCAUCCAGCAAAGGGUACCAUGAUACCGGCCCAACGUUAUGGCAUGUCAACGGUGGUACAUGGCGAUAAAAUCUAUAUGUACGGUGGUGUGGUCAAAGGCACAGGCAUAACCAAUGAACUGUGGGCCUUUGAUAUGUCGGCCAAGACAUGGGAAAAUAUCACCGUAAUUACAGAUGAAACAUGUGCCAGUACCACGGCCGCCUAUGCAAUGUGUGGUCCCCUACAUGUGACGGGUCAUUCGGCCACUUUAGUGCCUAGCUAUGGCGACAAACAUGGCUAUCGUUAUAUGGUGGUGAUAUUUGGUCGUUCUCCCCAGUAUGGCUAUUUGAAUACGGUGCAGGAGUAUAACUUCAACACCAGAGAAUGGAAGAUAGUGGAGACAGCGGGCUAUGUGGUCAAGGGUGGUUUCAGUCACAGUGCCGCCUAUGAUAUGUUGACGGAGAAGAUAUAUGUUUAUGGUGGCAUUGUCUCCGAAUCGGAGGCAAAUCAAUAUAUAACACCACGUUUGUAUGCCUAUUCACCGGCCACACGUACCUGGUCUCUGUUGUCAUCGGCACCCAGUGCCCGGCUGCUGCACACGGCGAAUUUUGUAAAUGAGGGUCUGAUGAUGGUGUUUGGCGGCAAUACCCACAACGAUACGGCCGAGAGUUAUGGUGCCAAGUGUUACAGUCAAGAUCUGCUGGUCUAUGAUGUGAUCUGUGACUCGUGGCACAAGCAAAACAUUCCCGACCACCUGCAGGCUGAUUUGGCAAGAUUCGGUCACAGCUCGGUGGUUUUCGAUGGCAGCCUCUACAUUUAUGGCGGUUUCAAUGGCCAGCUCUUGAACGACAUGCUGCGUUUUACGCCCGGCCACUGUGAAAUCUAUACCAAAGAAGAGAAAUGCAGCAAUGCCCGUCCCGGUGUAAAAUGUGUCUGGGAUGUCCAGAUGGGCAAAUGUGUACAAAUAAAACAUGUCCAGAAAUCGGCCAUAUUUGGCCGGGAACAAUACGAUUAUGUGGCAUGUCCCUCCAAAUCCCGCAUCGCCAUGACCUCACAGCUAUUGUUGGACGUGGCGCGCUGUCGUGAACUAAACAACUGUCAGUCAUGUGUAUCGAAUUCGUAUGGUUGUACCUAUUGCGGCAAUGGGGUAUGCAGCAAGGAACGAUGCCGCGACACCACACCCCAGACCUCAGUGUUCUACGAGACCUCAACCCAGCAUCAGCAACAGAGCCAGCAAUCGAAAUCCCAGUUUGUGGUGGCCACCCUUGCACCGCCCCUCAAUGUCAAACACUUGGAAAAUUGUCCAAAAUCGGAAGAUUUUCGCACUGCGGCCAUUUGUGAACAGCUGCACACCUGCCAUGCCUGUGCCGCCAACAGCAACUGUAUGUGGGAAGCCGAGCACAAUCGUUGUCGUCAUUGGGCAAAUGGUGGCGGCGCUGUUGCGCCCUUGGGCAAUCGCACCGUGGACGAUGUCAUAUGCCCGCCCUCGUGCGCCUCCCUAACCAAUUGUCACAAUUGCACGGAAAACGACUGUAUUUGGUGUCAAAACGAGUUGCGUUGUGUCGACCGAAAUUCAUACACGGCCAGUUUUCCCUAUGGCCAAUGCCGAGAGUGGACCACGCAUGUUUACAAGUGUCGUAGUGCCCCGGCGACAGCCCUAACAGCCUUGAGCAGUAACAGUACGGCCACCUAUAUAUCGACGGCUCAAUGUGGUUUCUACAACAGUUGUUCCCAGUGUUUGGACGAUCCGGCCUGUGGUUGGUGUGACGAUGGCACCAACACCGGCCUGGGCAAAUGUAUAGAAGGUGGUGCUCUGAUGGCCCACGAACCGGAACAAUGUCCUGCCGGCCAAUGGUAUUUCACCUCGUGUCCGCUCUGCAACUGUAAUGGGCAUUCGAAAUGUGAAAAAGGUUCCAGCCAAUGUGUCCAACCCUGUUCUGAUCUCACCUAUGGCCAGCACUGUGAAAAAUGUACCCGUGGUUAUUGGGGAAAUCCCAUCAAUGGCGGCCAAUGCCAGAAAUGUGAAUGCAACAAACAAGGUGAUCUAUGUAAUCCGGACAAUGGCAAAUGUUUCUGCAACACCAAGGGCAUUGUGGGCGAUCACUGUGAGAAGUGUGAUUCGCAGAAUCACUAUCACGGUGAUCCCAUUGCCUCAACGUGCUUCUAUGAACUAACCAUUGAUUAUCAGUUUACAUUCAACUUAUCGAAGAAGGAAGAUCGUCACUUUCAGAAGAUCAACUUUCGCAACUCGCCCGUCAAACCGGAAAUUGAUGCUGAUUUCACAAUAACCUGUAGCGUGCCGGCCAAAAUGAAUAUCACAGUGAAGCGAGCGGGAGCGCCCAUCAAUGAAAUCUUCACCGGCAUUAAUUGUUCGACGUUUCGUCAUCGUUUUCCCAAGACCGAAUUUAAUUUCGGUCAUUCACCCGAAGACAAUAGUUCGUUGACGACCUUUUAUGUAUCGGUCUAUGACUUCCAACCACCCAUAUGGAUACAGAUAGCCUUUUCGCAAUAUCCCAAAUUGAAUUUGCAGCAAUUCUUUAUAACAUUUUCCACAUGUUUCCUAUUACUGCUACUGAUGGCUGCCAUUCUGUGGAAAAUCAAACAGAAAUAUGAUAUGUUUAGGCGGCGUCAACGUUUGUUUGUCGAAAUGGAACAAAUGGCCAGCCGGCCGUUUUCACAGGUGCUAGUGGAAAUUGAGAGUCGUGAAAAUAUUGAUUUAUCACUGACCAUGGAGGGCAUUGCGAAUAUGAGUAAAAAACGUAAAAAGGAUUGUCCGAGUCCCAUAGCCUUAGAGCCCUGCAGUGGAAAUCGUGCUGCGGUACUGUCACUUCUAGUCCGUUUACCCACAGGUGGUCUCCAGCAUGCACCACCUGGUCAAUCAGCUGGCCUGGCUGUGGCCAGUGCAUUAGUAACACUUGGCAAUCCUAGACGUCCAUCAAUCGAUCACACAAAAGAGCCAAAAUCUAAGCGUAAACAAAGUCAGCACCCUGAUAGUUGUACAUAAUAAUAGAAACAAUAGAGAUAACAAUGCAAGCAAGCGAUGAUGAAGGUGAUGCAGAUGCCGGUGAUGUAGGUGUGAACAAUUUAGGGCUUAUACAUAAAUGUAUGUGUUUUUUAUUUUUUAAAUGGAAAACAGAAACAAAAGAGAAAACUUUUUAUUAUUAUUUUUUAAUUUAUAAAUAUUAUGAUGAUGAUGAUGAUGAUGAUUUUAUUUAUUUAGACCAUAAAAAUGUAACUUAUUUUUGUUAAUACUACUAAAUAAUUAUUAUAUAAUAAUGAUAAAUAAUACUUGUACUAAAGAAGACAUUAUGUAUUAAGGUGAUACCGACAAAAACAAAAACAACAACAACAGCAACAAAAAAACAAAACUCCAAAAAAAACUUUUUGUCAUAUUUAAAAAAUAUACAAAACGAAACAAAAAAAAAUUAUAUAUAAAACAAAAUAUGAAACAAAAGACAGAACAAAACCAACAACAUAUACAGUUACAAAAAAAGAAAACAAAAAUAAAAUUCAUAAUUAUUAUUAUUACUUUGAGAUUAAGACACUCACACACACACACCAUUAAUAAAUUAUAAUUAUUAAAACUAUAUUUAAAUCCAAAAAACAAAAGAAAUAAAUAAAUGAAGAAUGCAUAGAAUGUAAAUCCUUAAAAACUGAACAGAAGAAAUGCAAAACAACAACUGAAAAAAAAAACUUAUAAACAAAAACAAAUAAACUUAAAAUGAUUCCAAAACUGAAAAA